ACCCUCCCCACUCCUCCCCAUACGCCGGGACAGGCGAGCUCGAGGCUUUGAAAAUUAGCCUCCGCUGUGAGCGUCUAAAAUGUUCUUGGCACCCGGGGCGCUGCAGCGAGCCGCGGGGCACUUGUCCAACAUUCGCUCCAGCUCCUCCACCGAGCGAGUCCGGGUCUCUAACACCCCGGCGCUGUCAUCGGCGAGCUCCCGCGGCCAGGCUCGCCUGAGCCCAGUCCCACCAUGCAGCAAGGCCAGGGCUGGGUGCUGCUGGCAGCUCUUCUCCUCGCUGGGCUGGGUCACCCCACAUCCGAGGCCUUCAAGGUGAACAGGCGCCCGGUGCGGACUCGAACCUGCGCCGAUCGGCCGGAGGAGCUGCUGGAACAGCUGUAUGGGAGGCUCACCGCGGGCAUGCUCAGCGCCUUCCACCACACCCUGCAGCUGGAACCGCUGGAGAAAGACCAUAACGUGAGCUGUCCGGCAGGGGGCAGAGCAGCCAGUGAGAAAAAGUACCGCCUCCCUAUCAACCUGCACAGCGUCUCCCCCUGGUCUUACAGAAUUUCCUACAAUCCCACAAGGUAUCCCAAAUACAUUCCUGAAGCGUACUGUCUGUGCAAGGGCUGUCUCACUGGGAUUUAUGGCGAGGAGAAUUUCCACUUCCGCAGCACCCCAGUGUACAUGCCAACCGUCAUCUUGCGCCGCACUUCAGCUUGUGCUGGGGGUCGCUACGUGUACACAGAGGAUUACGUCACUAUCCCUGUGGGGUGCACUUGUGUACCGGAGCAGGAAAAAGAGGCGGACAGUGUCAAUUCCAGCAUAGAUAAGCAAGAAAUGAAGUUGUUGGUAAACCAGAACGACAAGCCAGCAUCUGAAUGAGACCCAUUCAAGGACCCCUGUGUACAACAUUGGCUUCACGUUACUAUUUCACUGACUCAGGAGAUUAUAUAGCAAUAGGGGGGGAAACAAUUUUGUCUUUCUAACUACAUCUGUUGCAGUUAUAAGGCGAAGGCUGUGUUCAGUAGAUUGUUACUCAGCCAUGGCAGACAAGACACAUCAAGUAAGAAGGAUCUUUUCAAAGCUCAGCUUCUUUAAGUUUGUAUUGUUUAGAGUUAAACGCAAUUUUAUUCUAUCCUUGCUUAUUUUGGAUGAAUUUUUAGAAGGUGCUAUAACCGUGUAACAUGCCAGCUACUUUCAUAACAAACUACUGGUUGCAAAUAUUUUACAAUAAUUUUAUAUUCUGCCUUUUGGUAAUUCUAUGUAAAGUCAUUUAACUACGGCACAUGUCCCAUGUUAGCAGUAGAAAGGAAGCCAGUAAUUCUGAUUGCUGGGGUCCUCCUGUUACAUUGCAGACUGUAAAACUCCAAGUGAUGUUCUUGGCUGCUACAACCAUAGCUAUUUAGAGUCUACAAAAUGAGAAACCGUUGCCACCUAGUAUCUUUCAACUGUGUUGACUUGCUAAUGUCAUUCAUAUAAUACUCAAUAAAAGGAGACACUCAUACGAACAUAAGAAUGGCCAUACUGGGCCAGACCAAAGGUCCAUCUAGCUCAGUAUCCUGUCUUCCGACAGUGGCCAAUGCCAGGUGCCCUAGUGGGAAUGAACAGAACAGGUAAUCAUCAAGUGAUCAA